AUGCUACUCACACGAGGUCCAAUGGACGUUGGGAAGCCUCCAGCCUUCAAUGAGGAGCACGCGUCGCCCUUGAUCCAAAUUCUUGCUUGGUUGUUUCUCUCCUUCUCGAUAUCGGCUGUUGUAGCGCAAUUUGCGACAAAGACGGCUAUGUCGAAGCGUCUUAUCGGAGCCGACUACGUUCUCCUGGCUGCAUUGCGUGCAGUACGAAUCUUUAUUGCCUCUAUGAACAUAGUCACCGACCUUGCCCUUGCCAUCGUACCGACCUUAAUGGUCCUUCCGUUGCAGCUUUCUCCCGAGAAGCGCCUUACCCUCUUGAUAGGCGUCUGGUCUCGUAUAAUCGUCAUGUUUGCUUGUGCGGGCCAAGUUUACUACAUCUACGCAUUGCCGCCGAACGGCGACCUUCUCAAUGCAAUAUGGCGCGUAGUUGUUGCUGGACAAGUUAUCCAAGUCGCGAUCUCCACCGCUCUCACCGCAACCGCCCUUUUCGUUGCUGCGUCCGGGGCUGCCAUUUCUGUCGAUGGUUCCGUCAAGCUUCCCAAAAUCCCAUCCAUCCCCAAGAUCCCAAAGGUUGGGGUCAAUGUUGGCAAGCGAGGCUCAGCUUCAGUCUAUCUUGAUGCUUCCGUCGACCUUCCCAAGCUUCCAUCUCUUCCCAAGAUAAACAUCGGCAAGCGGGACCCGGCUUCAGUCUAUCUUGAUGCUUCCGUCGACCUUCCCAAGCUUCCAUCUCUUCCCAAGAUAAACAUCGGCAAGCGGGACCCGGCUUCAGUCUAUCUUGAUGCUUCCGUCGACCUUCCCAAGCUUCCAUCUCUCCCUAAGAUAAACAUCGGCAAGCGGGACCCGGCUUCAGUCUAUCUUGAUGCUUCCGUCGACCUUCCCAAGCUUCCAUCUCUCCCCAAGAUAAACAUCGGCAAGCGGGACCCGGCUUCAGUCUAUCUUGAUGCUUCCGUCGACCUUCCCAAGCUUCCAUCUCUCCCCAAGAUAAACAUCGGCAAGCGAGACCCUGGACUAACCCUUGUCGACGAAGACGGCAACGAGAUCCGCGCUAAGCGAGACCCUGGUCUCACCCUCGUCGACGAAAACGGCAACGAGGUUCGCGCUAAACGAGACCCAGAGGCUAUUUCCCUCGAGCUUCCCAACAUCCCCUCCAUUCCCAAGAUCCCCAAUGUCGACAUCAAUGUGUCCAAGCGUGCCGUCGGCUUUUCAGCAUGA